CAAUCGCGGCAAUUAUGUUAUUUACCCGGGCAAAACAAACUGAAGACAUGUCCAGCUAGCUAACUUUGCCAGCACUUGUACUCAAAUAUAAGGUAAUUUAUUACAUUUUUUGUUAUGGCAUGUUUCAGUAGCUGCAACAACGUGUCACCUCAACAAAAUCUACGUUAGACUAUAACAUAGCCAGUAACUUUCUGGCAAACUGUGUUUGGUAGCUAGCCAAAAUGUACCUAGCUAUAAUGUUUAUGCUAGCUAGUUAGUUGGUGUUUUUAUCCAUUCGUUGAAAAAUAAUUCAUGGAAGAAUUGUUGUUGUAAUGUUACCUGUCUGUCGUUUGCAUGUUCUCAAGGUCCACAAUGAUGUCAGCCGGUGAUUUGAAAGGAUGUCUUCGGAAACUGGAUGCUCAACUACGGGCAUUGAAGUACCCAAGAGAGGUCGACUAUAAUGGGUAUGUUAGCUAGCUAGUAAGUCAUGGAUAAAAGUAGCGCUGGUGCCACUGCCAACUGAACAAUUGUGCCACGUUCCCAAACUGUUUGAGGGAAGGAGCCAGCUUGCUACAAUCUGUCGGCACCUGUGUUGUGGUUGUUCAGUUGAUGGCCACAUAAUGGCGCCACUAUUCAGUCUCUUAGUUGCAGUGCAGGAGAUGUAUGAACAUUUGUGUCAUUUUUACUUGCUUACAUUGGAGAAAGAAAUCCCCCAUAUAUUCAUCCAUUCUGAUAUAUAGUGAGCUCCAAACAUAUUGCGUCAGUGACCAUUUUUGUGUUGUUUUGGCUCUGUACUCCAGCACCUGAUUUGACCAUCAUGUAUUCCAAGAUGGGCGAACAGUGGGUCGUCACUUUGGAUUUGAAAUGAUACAAUGAUUAUGAGGUUAAAGUGCAGACUGUCAGCUUUAAUUUGAGGGUAUGAACCGUUUAGAUAUUACAGCACUUUUUGUACAUAGUCCCCCCAUUUUUGCUACCAUGAUUAGAUAGUCCUGAAUGAAUCGUGAAUAAUGAUGAGUGAGAAAGUUAGAUGCACAAAUAUCAUACCUCCCCAAAAAUGCUAAUCUCCCCUGUUAUUGUAAUAGUGAGAGGUUAGCAUGUCUUGGGGGUAUGAUAUUUGUGAGUCUGUAACUUUAUCACUCAUCAUUAUUCACGAUUCAUUCAGGACUAUCUGUAAUCAUGGUAGCAUCCACAUGAAUGUAGAAGUGUUUAGAAACAUUAUAUUCUUACUUACAAUAAAAGUGACUCCAAAAUGACACAAUGCAUUAUUUACCAUUCAUUUGUAUUGGGCACAAAAUAAUCUCAAACACAACCAAAACAAACAGCAAAUGCAUCCAACAAGUUUGUAGAGUCACAAGCUUGACGUAAUCAUUGGAUGCUAGGAGUAUGGGACCAAAUACUAAACUUUUGACUACUUUAAUAAACAUAAGUUAAUUUGUCUCAAUACUUUUGGUCCCCUAAAAUGGGGGGUCUAUGUACAAAAAAAUAUGAAAAUACCCUCAAAUUAAAGCUGACAGUCUGCUCUUUAACUUCAUAGUCAAAUCCUAAGUGCUGGAGUACAGAACCAAAACAACAAAUGUGUCACUUUCCCAAUACUUUUGGAGCUCACUGUAUACAAUAUACAUGGAGUAUACCAAACAUUAAGAACACCUUCCUAAUAAUGAGUUUCGUCCCCCCCUUUUACCCUCAGAACAGCCUAAAUUUGUCUCUACAAGGUGUCGAAAGCGUUCCACAGGGAUGCUGGCCCAUGUUGACUCCAAUGCUUCCCACAGUUGUUUCAAGUUGGCUUGAUGUCCUUUGGGUGGUGGACCAUUCUGGAUACACACAGGAAACUGUUGAGUGUGAAAAACCCAGGAGCGUUGCAUCCCUUGACAAAAACUGGUGCACCUGGCACCUACUACCAAACCCCUCACAGUUUAUUAGCUACACCCGUCUAGUACUGGGUCAGAUCCCCCUUUGCCUCCAGAACAGCCUGAAUUCUUCGGGGCAUGGAUUCUACAAGUCGGAAACGUUCCACAGUAUGUUGGUCCAUGCUGACGCGAUGGCGUUAUGCAGUUGCUGCAGAUUGGACGGCGGUACACCACUGCAACCAGCCUGUACUGUUGACACCAGGUAGUCCAUGGACUCUGCCAUCAGCAUGAUGCAACAGCAACCAGGAUUCGUCGGACCAGGCAAUGUUUUCCACUCCUCAAUUGUCCAGUGUUGGCGAUCGCGUGCCCACUGGAGCGGCUUCUUCAUGUUUUUAGCUGAUAGGAGUGGAACCUGGUGUGAUCAUCUGCUGCAAUAGCCCUUCCAUGACAAGGACUGACGAGUUGUGCGUUCUGAGAUGCAGUUUUGCACACCACUGUUAUACUGCGCUGUUAGUGGCCCACCUGUUAGCUUGCACCAUUCAUGCCAUUCUCUUUCCACCUCUCUCGUCAACAAGCUGUUUUAGCCCAAAGGACUACCGCUGACUGGAUGAUUUGUUUGUCGCGCCAUUCUCGGGGAAACCCUAGAGACUGUCAUGUGUGAAAAGCCCAGGAGGACAGCCUUUUCUGAGAUACUGGAUCCGGCGCGCCUGGCACCGACGAUCAUAACACGCUCAAAGUCGCUUAGGUCACUUGUUUUGCCCAUUCUAAUGUUCAAUCGAACAGUAACCGAAUGCCUCAAUGCCUGUCUGCGUGUUUUAUAAAGCAAGCCAUGGCCACGUGACUCACUGUCUGUAGGUGAGAUCUGAUUUUGUGAACGGGGUGGUGUACCUAAUAAACUGGCCGGUGUGUAUGUAUGUGUGUAUAUAUAUCAGUCAAUUGAAAUAAAUAAAUUAGGCCCUAAUAUAUUAAUUUCACAUGACUGGGCAGGGGCGCAGCCAUGGGUGGGCCUGGGAGGGCAUAGGCCCACCCACUGGGGAGCCAGGCCCAGCCAAUCAGAAUUAGUUUUUUCCCCACAAAAGGGCUUUAUUACAGACAGAAAUACGCCACAGUUUCAUCAGCUGUUCUCAGACGAUCCCGGAGGUAAAGAAGCCGGAUGUGGAGGUCCUGGGCUGGCGUGGUUACACACGUUUGGUUUACCACGGCAACUACUGUAGCUAUCUACACUGAACAAAAAUAUAAAGCAACAUGUAAAGUGUUGGUUUCAUGAGCUGAAAUAAAAGAUCCCAGAAAUGUUCCAUACACACAAAAAGCUUAUUUCUCUCAAAUGUAGUGCACACAUUUGUUAACAUCCCUGUUAGUGAGUAUUUCUCCUUUGCCAAGAUAAUCCAUCCACCUGACAGGUGUGGCAUGUCAAGAAGCUGAUUAAACAGCAUGAUCAUUACACAGGUGCACCUUAUGCUGGGGACAAUAAAAGGUCACUCUAAGAUGUGAUCUGAUGUGAUUGGUCAAAAUACCAAUUAGUGGAAAAAAUAUAAGAAUUGGGCUGCCUGUCUAAACGAAGCCCAACACACAUUUUGACAUCAAUGGAACCCAAACGAGUUUGAUUAAAAACUAGACAAAAGCUACAAUUGAAAAAAGUGGCCAACCUUUGUCUCCUGAUUUUAAAUUGUCUGUCAUCCACAGAAAAUUGUAUUUGAGCCAAAUCCUUUUUUAAAUUCUCCACAAACAUAUUGUGUUUGAUGCUCUUCACUUCAAAAAGGAAUCCCUGCUUCCCUGCUCAUCAGAUGUGCAGACUGGGGUCCUCGUCAGAGAGGGGGACCCACGGCUGGUUAAUGUAAAGCAUGUUUACAAACCCAGUUAUAGUCGGGCAGGGCUCCGUACAAUCCCCUCUGCCGCCUGCCGGGGACUUCAAAACAAACCCAGACUGUGAACUGUCACCGUGGCUACAGCCCCAAUCUGGAUGUUUAUAUGACUACAGAUGUUUAGUCUGUCUUCCAGCCAAAGAAUUUAAGCUUUGUCGCAAAUAGCACCCUAUAUAGUGUACUAUUUUUUUUAACAGAGCCCUAUGGGCCCCUGGUCAAAAAUAGUGCACUAUAUGGGGAAUAGGAUCCCAUAUGGGACACAUCCAGUCUCGUGACUUUAUCCUACACUACAGAGCAUGUUUGCAUAUAGCACGCAAGAACAUCAUACAGACUGUUGAUAAUAGUAAUUCUAGCCUACAUUUUCAUUCUCAAAAAUGACGUUGGAGGCAGCUUAUGGUAGAGAAAUGAACAUUCAAUUCUCUAGGAAACAGUUCUGGUGGGCAUUCCUGCAGUCAGUAUGCCAAUUGCACGCUCCCUCAACUUGAGACAUCUUUGGCAUUGUGUCGUGUGACAAAAUUUCAGAUAUUUUCACAUCAGAUCUUUUUCAGAGCUGAUCUGAUUGGUCAAAAUACCAAUUGGUGAAAAAACAGUAUUGUUGUCCAUAGAUUUUUAGGCCUAAAUGAUACCAAUACAUAUGGAAAACAGUAGUACACAUUGUAAAACACAAUAUAUGCUUUAUCUCUACAGCUUGGCCAAAGGAGAUCCUUCUGCCGUUCUCCCCAUAGUAAGUUAUGCAUUCGUCUCCUAUUCACCACACCUUGCUGAACACCUGGUGGGCUUUGGAGUGGAACUCACUGGGAAGAACGACCUACGUUUUAUCGAAUGCAUCUACAAGGUAAAUCCCACAUUGAUUCUAUUGUAUUCUUUUUUUUAAACUCUAUUAAGGGUAAUACUGUAGAUUAAAAUGUUUCCGUGACGUAGCCUUAGUAUUUAAGUAUCAUCAUGCACAGUCAAGGGUUUUUACGCCAUAGGUCUCCCUUUUAGUAUGGUAGGAAGAAGGUGCAGAGCUUAAUACUAGCACAACACUCUGUUUUAAUGACUAAUGUCUUUCAUGAUGAAAUCACGUUUUUGAAUGUAUCCCCCCCUGCAGCAAUCCCACAUCCAGUCCUAGACCUACCCAUUGAGAAACACAAUGGCAUCACUCCCCAGUUGACUGUAUAUCUGCCAGCCUCGUUCCUUCAUGCACUCCCUAUGAUUAAUGCUCUGUUCAUUCACUGCGUGGUGGGAUUUCCUGGGCCCUGCUUUUCCAGCAGGCUCCCCACCACCGCUCUCCCCAUGUGGCCCCAUGCAGUGUCGUCUCCCUAACACUAAGCAGUUUCUCCCAAUAGCAGGGACUCCCCUCUAGAUCCCCUCUCUCAUACAUAGCCGUUAUCAUCGUAAUGGUUCAAAAUGGCAAACUGUUCCCAGUUGUUUCCUCACAGGCAACAGACACACACUCGCACACAGUGACUUCACACUCGCACACAGUGACUUCAGUUUAUUCCUUGGGGUCUCCUGAGGCCAACGGCCGCCUACCCCGACGCUCUGCUGUGGUUUAACCCCUUCAAGCUUGAGCUGAACCGCAUGAUUUUCCCCUAAUAUAUACACACACACACAGAUGGAAGACAUUGGUAUUGCAUCACUCACUACCAAUAAAGUCCUUUUGAAACAGUGCAGGAUUUCCCCUGUAGAAGGAAAGGGUAGGCUACAUGUGGGAUUCCUUUUCAUUCCUGUGGUGUUCAAAUUACAUGAAUGGAGUCUUACUGUAGUUGAGGAAUUCCAUUCAUUCUUAUCCAUGGGCCAUAGUAUAGGCCUCCUGUCUAAAUUAAUUUUUGUCAUUGUGCUUGGACAGGUCAAGGCAAAGCCAUUUCCUUCAUUGCAAGAUCUAAGAUUAAAGCUCCUCCUCAUCACAAGCAACCAAGGACUUGGAAGGAAUGACUUGUUUAACUGGAUCAGGGGUUUUUCAGUCUUUUUGUUAAGGCUGUACUUUAGCCUCUGUUAACCCUGCUAUCAGAACCAGAAGGGUUUUCACUGAGCGGUCCCUGAUCUGCAGCAUCUGUAUUUUAGCAACACACACACACACAUGCUCCACUCUCUGGUGGUGUUUCCUUCCAACUGGCAACCGGUGGUCGGCAGCACAGCGUCCUUGAGCAAUUCUGUUUUAUAAAGGCUCACAUGAAAUCCUGAUUCCUGCGGUGAACACAGGAACUCCCGUCUCCCCUCUAUUCUGUGCUCUUAGCCCUGAGGCGGCAGGCGAGCUAUCUGCCUCUCACAGCAUCGGUUCAUUUUGGAGAGCGAGAGGAGAGGGAGACAGAGGAGGAGAAGGAAGAGAGAGACCCUGUGCGAUGGAGGGGAGGAGUCCUUUUGGCUGGCGCCCAGUCACUGCUUCGCCUGGCUGGCACACACAUAAAUAUGGGAUACAGAUUGGGCCGACAUACCAGCAGCAUGUCAUACGGAAGACGGUGCAGGGAGGAGACAAGCCAUUUGCUCGGCAUUAUAGUCGGUGUAACAGGAAGCGCUCAUUUAGCUCUCCUGUCAUACCUACUGCCAUCUUUCCCUGAACUCAUGUUAACUAUAGUUAGUUUUACAAUUAUCAAUAGAAUGUUUGGAUUUGUCCUACGUUUUCCAGAACUCAAUAUACUUUAAAAUGAUUAAAACCAAAUUGAAACUGUGCAGAAAUUAUAAUGGACCUACAUUUAUACAGUUUCUUGACUGUGUCCAGCUCGCUAAUAAACACUGAAAUUAAAGCUAGAUAGUCGGGGAGCAUCGAAAAUUGAAUGACAAUUCAAUGAAUAUUGUUUUGAUCUUUGCAUUUUUUUUACUGCGUGAAUGAAAAAACAACAUGGUGUAUUUUGAUUUGAAACAAUUUGUUGCAGCAGGGAGAAUUCAGCCUUGUGUGUGUGUGUCACACUGUAUUGUUCACCACAUCUAGGUACUGCGGGAUCUCUUCCACUACAAACCCGUCCUGACCAAGCAGCAGUUCCUCCAGUUUGGCUUUGCAGAAAGAAAGACCUGCAUCCUCUGUGAUGUCAUCGCCUUCGCCCUGCAGAAACACAAAGAGCUCAGCAAAGGCAACAAGGUCAGUCUGUCUCCCUCAGCUUUGAUGAGCAAAGAGUAUCAUCAUCAUCAUCAUCAAUGUGUGGUUUGACAUGAUAAAGAUGACACGGUAUUCAUGGUUCAAUUAAUUAUUGCACCGUCUUGGUCAGAUCAUGUCUGUAUUGUAAUAGAGAAUGUGUUCUCAAUAGCCUACCUGGUUAAAGAAAAGGUACAUGUAUUGCAUCUGUGUGUGUUGCAGCCAAAGCCGAGACCUCGUUUUCCGGCCUCGAGUUCAGACUCCAAAAGUGAGGCUCUCCCAUUUCAGGGUGACACAAUGAAACCCUCGGCCAUCACAGUAAGUCUUUGCCAAGGACAUGAAAGUGUAGACCGACAGAUCUGUUUAACUCUAUACACUUUAUCAAAGAGGCCUGAGCUAGUCCAUUGUAAUGCAUGAGUACAUGGCCCUUCUGUAACAUGACUAGCUGAGAUGGUUCUUUCCCACAGUUGUCCCUAAGCAGGCCACUAGUGGAGAGACACAUUGGUGGUGGCUCCUGGGUCUCCUCUAGUAGAGCCUCUGAUGACGAAGAGUCUCAGGAGGAAGAGGAGGAGGGUCUGGGACUGGAGGAGUUCCAGAAACCAAGCACCUACAGUCCCUCAGACAGUGAGUACCAGCAUACUUCUCCACAAUAUACGCACAGACACACACGGCCCAUUUCUCUCUGUAACACACAGCACCAAAGUGACACACAUACACACUGACUGGAUUGUGUCCUUCUCCAGGACCCGGUGGUGGAGGGGAGGCUGGCAGCGCUGGAGGCCCAGCUGCUGCAGGUCCAGACCAGGCUGGAGAGGCUCUCGGCCCUGGAGCAGAGGCUGGAGCUCCUAGAAAAGGCCUCGGCCGGGAGGAUCACUAUAGACAAGCACCAGUGGGAGAACCUGGAGUGCAGAGUGCUACUGCUGGAAACCAGACUGACCCUCUCCACAGCCACAGCCCAGGUAGGAAGGGAUCUCUCCACACGAUCUGUCCAAUCUGGAGACUCUUCUAAAGAACUCUCCGUACUUCCAUCCAAUGACAAGUAGAAGCAGAUGUUGAACUAAUGAUGUCAUGAUGUCAGUCCAUUCCAGAAUGGCUACUGUAUCUCUGUUUGCUGGUUAAAGAUGGAAAAAUUUGCACAUUUCAAGGUUGUUUUUUCCCUCCUCUAGGAGUCGUCGUCACUUGUCAGUGGAGGUUGGAGUCAUCACAUGACGGAUAAUGCAACAGAAGUCACGGGUUGGAACUGAUUUUGACAAUAAAAGUAUUUGAGUAGAGUAUUGAUAUGCUAUAUUGAUGAGGCCAUUAUAUACAACAACUGAAAUACAGUAAUCGAAAGAUAAAAUUCCCAAUGUGAUAUAAGAGUUCAACUGAUGCUCACAUACCCCUACAGAGUCAAGACACAGUCCUCCAGAGAGCCUCCUACACCCCUCUGGCUGUGAGUGUCCUCAGUCCUCCACCCAUUCCGCUAGCUAUCCCCUCAGCCCCUGUGUGACAACAGCACCCCCAGAGGUAAUGGCAGAUAUUACAAGUAAAUAUAUAUGUAAUGGAAGCAAACUAUUUGGGAUGGAUUAAAUCCGUAUCGCGGAAGAUCCGCGUUAUAGCUCGAUUUAAAAUUUAAAGGCAAUGUUCGAGGAGACUGCAUUCAUAGGAAACUCUGCAUAUGUCUACUCAAUCGGAAAUUACCUUAGAAUUGUUACGCGGUUCUUCCACGAUAUGGAAUGAAUCCAGCCCUUAGUUUUUAAUAAUUAUUGUCCCAUUUUCUAUAGGAGAAUAUGAAAGAGAGAUUGGAAAGGAUAGCCAACAUGUAAGUACUGUAGAUCUAUGUUGUAUUCCCUCUGAGGUUAACCAAGGCUAAUAUACCAUCUAUUGUAUAUAAAAUGAUACUGCAUUUAUGAUUGACUUCAUUACGUUUUGUUCUUUCUUCUCCUAUGUUGCUUUAGGAUGAAAGACACUUCCAGCCUUCUAAGAAGUAUAGAACCCUCAAUGUAAAUUCAGACUUUAAAAAAAUAUG